AUGCGAGUCCUCUUCUUUUUUGCCACCCUGAGCCUAGUUUCCGCUGAGAAUGGCUUGGAUGGCUGGCUGCGAUAUGCACCUCUACCAUAUAACGAUCAAAAGCUGCCUGCCCAUAUUGUUGUCCUCAAUACGACCGAGGCCAGCCCUGUAUACGUUGCAGGGGCAGAGUUGCAGAAUGGAUUGAAGGGUAUCUAUGGUACUCACGCUGAAGUCAGCCACGAGCAGUGUGAAAACUCCUCAUCUGCCGCCAUUGUCGGGACUGUGGAGCAGUAUCAAAUUGCGUGCGGUUCUUUAAACGGAGUCCCGGAGUUGGACGAAGAUGGAUUUUGGCUCAGUACUUGGGGCAACAAGGUUCAAAUUUUGGGCCAGAAUGAGCGUGGAGCACUUUACGGUGCCUUUGAGUACCUGUCGAUGCUGGCACAGGGAAACUUUUCCGAGGUGUCGUACGCCUCAAAUCCCUCUGCCGCGAUUCGAUGGGUGAAUCAAUGGGAUAAUAUGGACGGAAGCAUUGAACGGGGCUACGGUGGUUCGUCAAUCUUCUUUAAGAAUGGUGCAGUUGUCGAUGAUUUGUCCCGAGUCACCCAGUACGCCCGUUUACUCGCCUCAGCCCGAAUCAAUGCCGCGGUUGUCAACAAUGUGAACGCAAAUGCCACUCUCCUGGACCAAGAAAAUAUGAAGGGACUUGGCAGGAUCGCCGACGCGUUGCGGCCAUAUGGUGUGCAAAUUGGAAUUUCCCUCAACUUUGCCUCUCCAGAAACACUAGGCGGUCUUGAUACGUUCGAUCCUCUCGAUUCCUCUGUCAUCAAAUGGUGGUCCAACAUCACGGAUCAGAUAUACCAGCGUGUUCCUGAUAUGGCUGGCUAUCUUGUCAAAGCGAACUCCGAAGGACAGCCAGGGCCCUUGACGUACAAUAGAACCUUAGCCCAGGGCGCAAAUCUCUUCGCUAAGGCACUGCAUCCUUAUGGAGGCAUUGUUAUGUUCCGCGCUUUUGUCUACAACCAACUCAAUGAAUCUAAUUGGAAAGCGGAUCGUGCCAAAGCUGCAAUGGAAUUCAAAUAUUUAGACGGCGAGUUUGAGGAAAAUGUAGUUUUGCAGAUCAAAUACGGACCUAUUGAUUUCCAGGUGCGCGAGCCGACAUCGCCAUUGUUUGCGAACCUGUUCAAUACCAGCACUGCCAUUGAGCUGGAAGUCACCCAGGAGUACCUUGGGCAGCAAUCGCAUCUCGUUUACCUUCCUCCGCUUUGGAAAACCGUCUUGGAUUUUGAUCUCCGUGUCGACCACAAGCCAUCUUUAGUUCGUGAUAUUAUCACUGGCAGACGCUUCAACCGCAAACUAGGUGGAUCAGCUGCUGUUGUAAACGUUGGAUCCAACACAACCUGGCUUGGGGGCCACCUGUCCAUGUCUAACCUUUAUGCUUAUGGCCGCCUGGCGUGGGAUCCCGCAGACGAUUCCCAAAGCAUUCUACAAGACUGGAUCCGUCUAACCUUUGGUCUGGAUCGCACGGUGCUCGACACCAUCACACAAAUGUCCAUGGAGUCUUGGCCAGCUUACGAAAACUACACUGGUAAUCUUGGGAUUCAAACACUGACUGAUAUUUUGUAUACCCACUAUGGUCCUAACCCUGCUUCUCAAGACAACAAUGGCUGGGGCCAAUGGACCCGCGCAGAUCAUACAACGAUUGGAAUGGAUCGUACAGUGAGCAAUGGCACUGGAUUCUCCGGCCAGUAUCCCACUGAAAUUGCCGCUAUGUACGAGAACAUCGAUACCACGCCUGACAAUCUUCUCCUAUGGUUCCAUCACGUCAACUAUACCCACCGUUUACAUUCGGGCAAGACCGUCAUCCAGCACUUUUACGAUGCCCACUAUAGCGGCGUAGAGACAGCACAGACAUUCCUUGUCCAAUGGGAUUCGUUGAAGGGGAAGAUUGAUGACGAGCGGCACAAGGCCGUCCGUCGCCAACUUGACUACCAAACUGGGCAUUCCAUCAUCUGGCGAGAUGCGAUCAACGACUUCUACUACAACCUUUCUGGGAUUCCUGAUGCAUUAAAUCGUGUCGGCCAUCACCCAUGGCGUAUCGAAGCGGAGAGCAUGUUGCUAGAUGGCUACAAGCAAUAUACAGUCAAUCCAUUUGAAACGGCCGCCAAGUCUAUCGCUAUAGUCACCAUCUCAAAUGAUACAGUGGGUACAGCUACAACCAGACUCAACUUUCCCUCAGAAACCUAUGACCUUGUUGUGAAUUACUAUGACCUCUACGGCGGCCAGUCUCGCUGGCAGAUCUAUUUGAAUGGAAAGCAGGUCGGCGAGUGGUUGGGAAAUAGUGAGAACACGUUUAGCCACACCCCAUCGAUUUAUCUGGAUGGCCACUCAGCCACGCGCAUCAAGUUUCGCGGAGUCAAGAUUAACAAGGGUGACACGCUGAAGAUUGUUGGCACACCUGAUGGAGUUGAGCCUGCACCUCUAGAUUACGUGGCUUUCCUCCCACAGGGAGUCAUAGAUUAA